AUGGCCAAGGAACUAAGGACCAAGGUCUGCAUCAUCGGCUCCGGGCCCGCCGCGCACACCGCGGCGAUCUACACCGCCCGCGCCGAGCUGAGCCCCAUCCUGUUCGAGGGCAUACCCAUGGGGGGCGUCAUGCCCGGCGGGCAGCUCACCACCACCACGGACGUGGAGAACUUCCCCGGCUUCCCCAAGGGCGUGCUGGGCGUGGAGCUGAUGCAGAAGUUUAAGGACCAGUCAGAGCACUUCAACACCAAGAUCAUUGGCGAGUGGGUGGAGCGCCUGGACCUGGGCGCGCGCCCCUUCAAGGUCCACGGCGGGGAAGGCACGGUCGUGGUGGCGGACGCGAUCAUCAUGGCCACCGGCGCGGUGGCCAGGCGGCUGUCGUUCAAGGGUUCGGACGAGUCGGGCUUUUGGAGCAAGGGGAUCUCGGCGUGCGCGGUGUGUGACGGAGCGGCGCCGAUCUUCCGCAACAAACCGCUGGCCGUGAUCGGCGGGGGCGACUCCGCGAUGGAGGAGGCCGUCUUCCUAACGAAAUUUGGGUCCAAGGUGUACAUCGUGCACCGCCGCGACGCGCUGAGGGCCAGCAAGAUCAUGCAGCGGCGGGCACUCGACAACCCCAAGAUCGAGGUGCUGUGGGACUCGGUGGUCACGGAGGCGUACGGGGACAACCUGCUGAAGGGCGUCAAGAUUCGGAACGUCAAGAGCGGGGAGGAGAGGGACCUAGAGCUGAGCGGGCUGUUCUUCGCGAUUGGUCAUGACCCGGCCAGCCAGCUCGUGCAGGGAGUGGUGGACCUGGAUGAGGAGAAGUAUAUCAAGACUGUGCCUGGCAGCACAGUCACAAGCGUGCCGGGGGUCUUUGCCGCAGGAGACGUCCAGGACAAGAAAUGGAGGCAGGCGGUCACUGCAGCAGGCUCUGGUUGCAUGGCAGCUCUUGAAGUCGAGCAUUAUUUGGCCACUUUGGAGGAUGCCUGA